AUGCUGUCCGAGGUGUUUUGCAGGCCACCGUCCGACCCUCCGCCGCCAGCGCAAGUUGUCCUGCUGCUCGGCGGUUCACUUCGGCGUGAGCUCCUCUGUGCUGCUGCGGCAGGCCGGCGGUGUCCACGGGCAGCAUUGCUGCUCUCGUCAGGCUGUGCGGACGCCGCCGAGCUGGCCGCAGCCAGAGCCAGCUGCGCCGGCGCCGCAGAUGUGCCGGUGCUGGUGGAUUGCCGGGCCGUCGACACGGUCACCAAUUUCACGUCGGUCGUGGAGGACCUCGCCGCCGGCGGCGUCGCCUCCGUGUCCAUCGCCACGGAUCGAUCCCACGCACGGCGAGCGGCCUGGGUGGGAUCGCUCAUUCUCUGCUCACAGGGCAUCGCGGUCGCAGAGCCCAUCUCGGUCGAUUCCGGCGAGGUGCGCCGCAGUGGCGCAGGCCUGCUCCGUCUGAAGUCGAGGAGCGCCCUCCCUCGCCGGCAGGUGCUCUGCGAGAGCGCGUUGAGAACACUUCGCGACUGUCUGCGCGCGCUGCUCUGGGUGGCGUGCGGCUGGCAUCUCGGCUGGCUCAAUUCACUACGCCAUCCCUCUCGCGUGGGCGUGGCGCGUGGCACGGAGGGAAGGAUGUUUGCUCCCCGCUGUCGCGUCGCGGAGAGGGCGUUUGCCCGGUGGAUCGCAGACGUGCCGAAUGCGAGAGAACGAUGA